AUGGAUCAGUUUUCCAGAUCUCCCUCGGAUUUUUUUGCAAAGGAAGCAGUAUUUUCCUUAGCCUCUGCAGUGGGAAGACCUCUAACAGUUGAUAUGGCUACAAAAAACAAAAUAAGACCAAGUUGCGCCAAGGUAAAAGUUGAAAUUGAUCUAUUAGCCAACCAUCCAAAAAGGAUUAAAAUUGUAGAAGAGGAUGAUAUUAUUGGAGAAAUCAAAUCCAAGUGGAUUAAAAUUCAAUACGACUACCUCCCCAAGUAUUGUAGGCACUGCAAACUAGAGGGACAUGGAGAGAUUGAAUGUAGAGCAUUGAAUCUAGAGCUGGAAAAACAAUUCAAGGAACAGAUUGAAAAAGACAACAAGAAAACUGAAACUACAAUUAAUCAACCUAAAAACAAGGAGAAAGAAGAAGACCUGCAAAAGAAAGAGGAAUCAAGUCAGGUUGUAGCAAAGGUUGAUUAUAAGUCACAACCAAACAAGGACAAUCAGGAAAUACAGAAAACUGAUAAUAAAACACAAGAAGAUGAGGCACAAAAAGUACAAGAAACAGCAAAGGAAUGGGUUACAAGGGCUUUCCCCAAUGAGAAGGAAAAGGAAAACAACAAAGAAAAGCAAGGAGAUAAGGUGGAAAUCUCAUCAGAUGGUGAAGAAAAAAUUGAUUAUUCAGCAUCUACAAACAAAAGUGCAGUAAAAAGUAAUAAUGAAAUAGCAGAUAAUUCUAGCACUAAUGUAGGGGAUGGAACACAAGAGGAUAACACCAACAGUAACCAGUCCAUUGAAAACUACACUAAUAAAAACAGCAGAAACCAAUUAAAAAAAAAAACAUCUUUAACAAAGAAACAGGGGACUGAAAAUACAGCACAACAACAGUUACAAGAUACUGGAUAUAAACAUGAAGAUAUAGAUGAAGAGGAUAUCAGUAUUAAUAUUCAAAAUGUAGCUAAUACUGGGGAUUUAUCGCCAAAGCAAAUUGAUAGAUUGAAGUCACUUGGAAAGCAAAAGUGGAAACAAUCAAAAGACAACAAAAAACAAUCAGUACUACCUACAAGGGGAGUACAGACAAGGAGAACAGCAACCAAAACAUUUAUUUUACCAUGA